AAUGGGCGCAUUCCGAUGACGAUCGCCCCUGGAACGGAGAAGCCUAUUUCUCCAUACGCCGUUCGCUUCAGCCAGGCGAUAGGCGUGUGCGUGCGAAAGACAUUUCCCGUCCGCUGUCUUAAGUGGACGGACGUUGGGAGAGAAUACAUUGAGGUCGUCAAGGGCGACCUCCAGCGAUUGUUUGUGCUUGAUUUCAAUGAUCAAGCAAUGAACAGGUUUGUUGAGCAUCAGAUGCUCACGACCUUUAAAGAGUUCCGGGCCGACUGUCAUAGACAUUUCAAAAAGUACAGCGACCCGGAGGAGGCUCGUGCCAACCCACCAAACGCAUUGGUUGGACGUGAUGAGGAUUGGCACUUCCUCUGCGACCAUUAUAUCAGCCGUGCAUUCCAGGAGCAAUCACGGACAAACAAGGCUGCUAGACAGAAGCAGCCUUACAAUCAUAGUAGCGGGUCCAAGUCGUUUCUACAACGACAGUAUGAGCUCGCUGAAAGAAGAGGGCAGCCGGUCGAUCGUGUGGAAUUGUUCCAGGAAACACACGUUCGAGCUGGGACAUUCGUGUCGCAAGCCGCCGAGGAUGCGCAUAAUCAAAUGAUGGAACUCCAAUCCCAGCCUACCCUAGAGGGUAGUCAGCCACUCUCUGAGGAUGAGAUAUGCGAUCAGGUGUUGGGUAGACGACCAGGCUACUUAAAAGGCCUUGGUUGGGGACCCAAGCCGAAGGCCCGCAGAACGGCAAAUGCAAGCAGUUCGUCGACAUCUUGUUCGCAGUCCACACAAAAAGAGAUUGAAUUACAAGCUAAACUUCAUGAAGCUUUGGAACGGAUUGAAGUACAAGAUAAAAAUCACCAAGCAUUAGCUUCACAAGUGGAAGCUAUGAAAAAGAUGAUUGAAGACCUAACUCGUGCACAACAGGGACCACCACAUGAUCCCUAGCUCUGCGGUACGUCGUAUAUGUCUCUAUUAUUCUUAAGUUUUUGCAAUAUAUGAUUAUGUAUUAAACUUAGUUAUUUUUAUACCAUUUUUAGGACCGAAGGUGUAGAAUGACGCGCAUACGCACCUC